CGAAUGUAGAAUUGUUAUCUACUCCACAGUGAUAGAAGAUAAUAAAAUUGUACCACAGUAACCGGCAAAUGUUCGCGAGCAAGCUAAUCUCGCCCGUCCUGUGCCUGGAAAAGAACAAACUUCUAUCAGUGAUUGUGCCAAAACGAGCCAUGUCGUCGUGCGGUGGAACCCUCCGAGACAUUUUCAUGGAGUCCGUGAACUCCGUUCGACCGCAAACGCUUAUCAGAAAGGAAAUUCGGGUACGAGAGCGAACUCUGUUAGUGGGAAAUAGAAGCUACGAUUUGAAGCGGCCUUGUCAUGUGGUAGGAUUCGGCAAGGCUGUCUACGGCAUGGCGCAGGAGCUGGAGCUUAUUUUGGGCGACCGCCUCCAGAGGGGGAUAGUCAACGUACCCGUGGGGAUUUUCCAGAAAUUCGGGAAAACCUCCGGCUCGAGAAUCGAGUAUAUAGAAGGCGCCGAAAACAAUUUACCCGAUGAGGCGGCCUCAAAGGGCGCCAGGAUGAUUAAGGAUUUGGUCGAAAAGCUAAACGAGGAUGAUUUAUUAAUUGUACUGGUUUCUGGAGGAGGUUCAGCUCUUCUGCCAUUGCCAAUUCCGCCAAUUACCCUAGAGGAAAAACAAAAUUUAGUUAGAACGUUGUCGAGAAAAGGUGCCACCAUCAACGAGUUGAACUGCGUUCGCAAGCGAAUCUCCCAAUUGAAAGGCGGCGGCUUGGCGGAGCUCGCUCAUCCCUGUCCGGUUAUUUGUUUGGUGCUCUCCGAUAUUAUCGGGGAUCCGGUGGAUUUUAUAGCCAGCGCCCCGACGAUACCCGACGCCGAUCCCCCCGAGAUGGCGACGGCGAUUUUGGAGAAAUACCGAUUGCUCCACGACGUACCGGCCAGCGUUAAAACCGUUUUGGAGAAGGGAAAAUGCUCGUGCAGGAGCGAUGUUGUUGAUGGGGAAUACCAGCAUGUUUAUACGUAUGUUAUAGGCAAUAACAAAAUAGCGGCCGAAGCGGCGAAGCAGGAGGCCAUAAACAAGGGCUUUCAAUCAGCCAUCAUAUCCACAGGAAUCGAGGGAGACGUGCGGAAAAUUAGCGAAAUUUAUGCGCAAUUGGCACGCAACGUCGCUGCCGUAAUUACCGAUUCCGGUAACAAGGACAGUCUCAAAGUUUUCCUCGAAACUUUUUCGGAGGAUCUGCGUGUUCGACAAGGCUUUAUCGACGAGCUGCUCGAUAUGGAUUACUCGAAUGGGAUUUGCUUGAUAUCUGCCGGCGAGCCGACCGUAACCGUCACAGGGAGCGGAAAAGGAGGCAGAAACCAACAAUUAGCUCUGGCUUUUUCAGUCGAACUUAAUAAGCAAGCCAUAGAAUCUGCGGAUAUUUCAUUUUUAAGUUGCGGAACAGAUGGAAUCGACGGACCGACAGACGCCGCAGGAGCUAUGGCAAUUAGGAAUUCUCCGGAAAACACGCCCGAUGUUAACCCGGAAUCCUUUCUCAACAAUAACGACGCUUAUAGCUUUUAUGAAAAGUAUAAUGGAGGAGAAUGUUUAGUCAAAAUCGGGCAUACCGGGACCAAUGUAAUGGACAUUCACGUUAUGAUUAUACAACCUAAAAUUUGAAUAAAAAAGUACAUUAAUA